AUGAUUGCAGCAGACUUUGAAAAGAAAAAAUAAUCUGAUUUUGCUAAUGAUUUGUAGAAUUUCUCUGAUGUAUUUUUCGAUAUAAACCCUUUUCAAAGGAUAUCAUUGACUUCUCUUCUUCCAAACUCUGCAAAACCAGCUAAAAAGUAGCCAUAAAAAGUGCCUAAUUAAAGCUAACUAUCUUUAAAGGCAUUAAAAAAUAUUUGUUGGCAGAGCCAAAGUUCGAAAAAUACUUAGCCAUUAACGUCGCUUUUAAAUAUAAAAAAACAAACUAAAUAAAAUAAGAAAACCUCUGCUACCUCUUUUAAUGCUAAAAACUAAAAAGGAAAUUUUAAGAUUCAUGAAAUGUUUAAGCUCGAUGAUUUUCUUAAUAGUAAAAAAUCUCAUUAAAUAACAAAAUCAGAUGUAAGUGGUUUACUAAAUAACCACUUAAUAGAAAAUGAAUACGAAACGCUAACUAUCCCAAAUACAGAUUUUAUAAAAUAUACGCUAACUGAUAAAUGUGGAUCUCUUAGUUCCAGGACUCAUGCAAGCUACAGCAAUAAGGCUCAUGCUUCUCCUAAAUUGAAUUUCACAUCAUGUUGCAAUAAUGAUAUUUUACAUAAUGUUUCACCAAAAUCUACUUAAAAUAAAGUAAACGAAUAAAACAAAUAAAAUGCUACUGAAUAAUUUGUACAAACUCAAAGAAAGCUUACAUCUAAGCACAAGCCUUAGGUAUCAUCAACAGUGAAUCCAACCUAAAAUCUUUUUGAAUAAAGUGAGAAUAACACUUUAAAGUAAAGUCAAUUUAAAGCUAAUCAUAAAGGCAAUAUUACAAAUAAUGCUCAACAAAAUAAAAAUAUUACAAAAUUUUAAGACCAUUUAAAGACCAAGUAAGGUUCUAAUCCUUCAUUAUUAAUAAAAGAUUUGUUAGAUUAAGAAAAAAAUAAAGACUUUUAAUUAACUAAAAACUAUAACUAGUCUAUCAAGGUUCAAAAUGAGAUUGAAAACAGAAAAUAAUCUACUCACAACAUAGGAAUAGAAUUAGAAAAGAAAGAAGAAGAGCUAAAAUAAAAAUAUAUGAAAAAGAUAUUUGAACCAGAUGGAGUUUUAAAUGGUAGAAGACCAAGUAAAGAGAAACAGUAAAAACUCUCUAUAACUAAUCCUCUUUUUACCGAAGUAGAUAAGUCUUCUCUUGUAGAUAGAUCUUAAGCUUUUAUUUUAAAUUAAUUUUAAAAGAAAUAACAAUAAAAUACUCUUAACAAAAAACCCAGAAUAUGGAGCGCUUAGCCUCAGUUAAAUGAUGGAAAUAAUAAGCAAGAGAGUAAAAUAACGUCUGCUUCAUUUUUUGGUAAUGUUAAGAAUUAAUCAUUAAAUAUAAAUCAGAGUAAAACAUAACUUAGAGAAGAUGAAGACAUCUAAGUCUAGCAGAAUUAACACCUCACAGCCCAAAAAAUUGAAGAAAGUAAGGAAGGAAAAGUAAAAAAUAUUUAUAGCAACUCUAAUCCUUAUUAUAAUUAGACAUAUAUUAAACAACACUUAAAAUAAUCAUAAUAAACAUCUACAAGCUAUUUUAAAUAAAUGAUACAUCCUGAAUUAUAAUCAUUUACUUCAUUAUAAAGAAAACCAACAAAGGAGGCUAUUAACUAAAUAAUUAAUACACCAAACAAUUAAAGUAACACAAAAACCCCAAAUAAAAAAGUAUCCUUAAACUCAAAUACCAAGAUUCAUCAAUAAGUAAACAAUAAAAAAGUUAUAUCUACUAAUAAAAGCGAAGAAAUAUUACUUUAGAGAUCUAGAACAUUUGAUGAAGAAAAAUACUAAAAAGAGAUUGAAAGUAAUCUUACAAUAUAUAAAUAUUCUAGCAACUAUUAUAGACCGCAAACAGCAAGAUUGCAGUCAUAAAAUAAAUCUUAAAGGAAGAAAGAUGACAAUUAAUUAAGAAAAAGCUAUGACUCACUCAAAUCAUGGGAAAACUUAGACAUUGAUGAUAAUUCAGGCAUUUUAUGA